AUGGCGCUGAGCAGCGGGACCUGCCGCCUCCUGGGCGCCGCGGCCGCGCGGCUGCAGCCCCGCGCCGCAGCUCCUCGUUUUGCCUCAGUGGCAACUGGCCUCAAAACCGAGAGCGAGGUGGACACGAGCGAAAAUGAGAUUGUUGCCCCCGAAUUCACUAACAGGAACCCUCGGAACCUGGAGCAAAUGGCCCUGGCUAGGAAGGAGCGCGGCUGGAAGACGACGUGGCCCAAGCGAGAGUUCUGGCACAGAUUGCGGUUUGAGCGGACCCAGCAUUACGUAGAAGCCUUUGUYGAGUGCCGCAAUGGGGAUGUGGUAGUGUCGGCCUCCACCCGAGAGUGGGCUAUAAAGAGGCACCUGUACAGCCCUAGGGGCGUGACGGCGUGCAAGAACCUCGGCCACGUCGUGGCACAGCGCUGCCUGGAAGCAGGAAUCAACUUUGUGGACUUCAAAGCAAUCAUCCCCUGGGAGCGUCACUGUGACUCGAUUCAGGAAUUUGAAAAAGCUGUGAAGGAGGGCGGUGUUGUUCUGCGGGAGCCAAAAAGAAUCUAUCAAUAAAGAUAGAACAGAGACUGCCAGGAAAGCUUGCCACAGAACAACAAUCAUCUGUUUAGGUGUGUGUACAGGCACAGUGAAUGUCCAGACCUGGAACAAGUUGGAGCAUGGCAUCUUAUAAUAAAAUAUUUUUAAGCUGA